AUGAGCAAAGAACAGUCGCACGAGCUCCAGGAGCAGCAGCAGCAGCCACAGCUGUCCUCGGACGAGCCUCAACAGUCACAGCGGCAACAACCCAACCAGCAUCAGGCUGUUCCGUGCGAACCGCAGCCUACGCACAACCAUGGCCCUAGUCAGGGCACCGCGGUCGAACACCAACUUCCAAGUUAUGAGCAGGCCAAUGACGCUCCAACCGUCCAGCCGCCUGCGGGUGUGACACCCGGGCAGGCUGUCGGGAGGGUUACGCCCCUGAACCAGCUCAGCAACACGCCGCAAUGGAUCGUCUGCCCGUUCUGCCACAAGUGCACCAAGACUACCGUGCGUCAAGAAGGCGAAAGCACGCAAAUCAUCGUCGGUGCCGUUCUUUGCCUCGUCUGCGUAUGCCUGGCGUGUCUCCCCUGCAUGCUCCAUUGGUUCGAGGAUACCGUCUGGCACUGCUCAGAGUGCAAGAACAAGGUCGCAAUGCGAAGAAACGAGGGAGCUAUCGAGGUUCUUGGCCCUACGCGAGUUGAACACUCUCAAUAUGCCCAUCAACGGCCGAUGGAUAACUCCCGGCAGCAUCAGCAGCAGCAGCAGCAGCGAGUGCCUCUUGGCCAAAACAUACAGCAAUCCGUGCCUCAGCAUGCCGAUGCUUCACAUCAGCAGAGCUACGAGAUACAGGCCCAGCCCUUGCAGCCGCAUGCGCAGCCCCCAACGACGAUCAAGACUUGA